AUGAGUUUAGCUAUAAUCUUUAUUUUCUUUGAUAUCUUCCAGGUAAAUGGUAAAGACCUGUCCAAAGCCACCCACGAAGAAGCCGUAGAAGCCUUCAAGAAUGCCCAAGAACCCAUCAUCGUCCAGGUGAUGAGACGGUCACCCUGCACUGCCAAGAACGGUAGCACCACGCCCAACGGUCAAGGUGCGGUACCCGGUCCCGUGGAGAGGACGAUGUGCAGUGUAGGUACUCAGACGGAACUCCAGAGUGAGGAUCUACUGUGGAAGGUCCUGCAGAGGUGCUCGCUACCGCCGACUGACAAGAACUGCGAUGAUCCGUUAGAUGGAUUAUGUGAGCUGGAUGCGGAGGACCCACUGUCCGUCCUGGACUCUGAACUGCUCCAGAAGCUGGAGGCAAUGGAAGGGAACCUAGACCUACCUAUCCUGGAUGAAGAGGACUGCCUAGAUAGGGCCUAUGAGAUGGAGUAUGAGGAUAUUGUCCUGAAGCGAACCAACUUGGAAGAGAAACUCGGUCUGACGCUCUGUUACGGCUCAGAAGAAGAUUCCGGUAUCUUUAUAAGUGAGGUGAGAUCAGAAACAGUGCUGGAUAGUUUCCCCCCAUCGUUGAUUAUUGAUAUGCUUAAAAUUUAUCUGAUUAAAAUAUCAUAAAAUGAUGUUGGAAAUGGAAAACCAAUGCGGAAUAGUUUUUCUCUGUAAAGUUAGAAAUCUUUGAGAAAUGUAAUGUUUGCUUUUUGUCAGGGUAUACGAAAUAUGACAUUAAUAUUCAUAAUAAUAGUAAUAAUGUCUUAUUCAUAUUCGACAAAACUUUAGUGAAAUGGCCAAAGAAGUUAAAGGCCUGAAUAAGAUCUCUUUUUUAAAACGAUAUUGAAAAAAACUUUCUUUUCACUAAAAUCUGGAGGUACUUACAAUCAGUAAUACCUAAAGUACUUUCUCUGAGAAAGCGUAAUUCCCGCACAUCUCAUGGUUUUCAACGGAAAGCACCCCUUCCAUCUCGCCUGACUUGAGAGGAAGUCGGACAGCAUGAAUAAAGUCAUCCUAAGCCCCCAAUGCGGGCCUCCUGUACCAAGCCGAGACCUUGAACUUGUCUGUGACAGGCAGGAGGCAGCCAGCAGUCUGGAGAUCCCCAUCGUGUUCAGGGAAGCAUGAAUAUAGGACAUCACCAUGGUUAAAGAGAGAGAGGAAAUCUACGAGAAAGGCAGGAAGUCCAUCUUUCAUCUGAUUGCUCAAGCUUGACCAAUAAUGCCUACAUUGAGCAGGGAGAGGGAUGGAAAGGAUGCUGCAAUUUGACAACGUAGUCGUUUUCUUGCGCGGAAUGUCUCAUGUUUGUAGGUUUCUUGCAUGAUCAAAGUGUCAUGUUUUAAAGGUCAUCUUCUUUGAUAAGAAGCGUUGAAGACUGAUUGAAAGAGGCCCUUUCCAUGGUGUUCUUCUUUUACUGUUAAUAUGCAGCAAUCGGGCAUUAUUGUUACCACACAAAUGUGAAAGCUCAAACCCGACUUCAGGGCGAAAUGAAAAUGCCAAGUUGAUCCAACAGUUGUCAUGAACUUAUGUCACAAGGAUUGCGAGGACAGGCUGUCAAAGUCAUUACACAAUUUCAAUUAACUUUUUUUCUUUGUUGAUAAAUACUGCCAAAGUCAAGCUUAUUUUUUGAUCCAUUGUUGAUCAUUGAUUUAGUGCAAAAUUUUGUUACUGUUGUUCACACUCUGGUUGAACUCUUUGUAAAUCAUUUAGUUCAAAAUAUCUCAUUCCUUUAUUAUUAUCAAAUUAUAAAGCUCAACACUCAUUGAUUGAUUCAAAUGCAUCAUGAUUUAAAAAAUUGGCAUUCAUUACUGAUUUAAAUUAAUGUUUGCAAAUGAGGCUUCUUUUAUGGUAUUUUUCUCAUGAACAAUACCGUUGAAUUACUAAUAUCUGACAUUUUGUGACUUACUUAGUUGGUAUUCAGAGCUUAUGUGGAGUAUGCUUCUUUUAGGAUACCAUGAAUCGACAAUGCCUGACAUUUAGUGAUUAAUUCAAAAUUAUCCCUGAGGAAAUCCCCAGACAAACGUGAAUGCAUCCAUGAUAGAUCAAAUCAUACUUUCAAUAAAUCCAAAUGUUAUUUUCAAUUACAGCAAAUUACUUUACACUUAAGAACAACUGACUAGACUUCAAAAAAAGGUGUCGGGCAGCAUUUGUAUGACCUUACUCUUAAAAAAGUGUAAACCAAUUUCCAUCUUUUGGGAUUGUUGAUGACAUUUGCUAUUCAAAGUAUGAGAGGACCUUGGUUAAAUUACGCUAGACAUGCAUUCCGCUGCAUCAUUUCAUACCCGAGUUCCUUGUUUAAUUAGCAUUCUAUCUAUUUGGCUCUCUGAUGUUUGGAUGACGGGGUGUCAAAGUCAUUAUCCAACUGCAAUCUACCCAAGAUGUGAAUUCCAUGCACAUUCGGCUUCCUUUUUGGCAUUCUCUGCACCAUCUUCUCACAGAUGCAUGACAUCUUGUAUUCCUCUUUUCUCCAAGAUUCUGGGAGAGGGGGGGGGGGCGUCUGUUCUCUUGCCAACAUCAUGCAUUUUGAUGCAAGAAUGAUGACAGUACUUUUUUCAUCAAGGCAAACCCAUGUUAUUGCCUGCUUGUCCUAUCAAAUAUGAGCUACAUGACUUUUCUCUUUUCUCAAAUAUCAAAUACAAAUUCUUGAAAGUGGCCGUAUGUCUUUGAUGUAUGCCUUUGUACUAUGGGGCUAUGUUCUGUAAUCUUUGCUGCAUAGAUGAGCUAUGAUUUGGUUCAAAUGGGAUGUUUAUUACAGGAAUGUUGUAUUAUCUUGCAUUCUCUUGGACAUUCCUGCUGUCUAGUUCUUUGAACCUCAUGUAGAAACAGAAAAUAGACAUCUGGGAACUUUGAAAUGUCUUUACAUUCAAUAUAAAUUUAUCGAUGUUCUAUUGACCCACGAAAAAAGCAGAUAUUCAUGAAUAAGUGUGAAGGAAAACAGCACAAUGUAUCACUUCUUAAGUGAAAAUCAAUCCAAUGGAUGGGGGGGGGGGGCACAUCAUCUCAUUUUCAUAAGUUACAUUCUUUUCUUCUGCAAUAUCUAAAACUAUAAAGUAUUACUUGUUCCAUUCAGUCUUAUUAGUUCUCGUAAUCUCUCAAUCUCUUUGCCAUUUUCAAUCUCCCCACUCUUCCCCCUCGUCCUUGUUCUGUUUGCCCCUCUCCUUAAGGCUCUCUCUCUUCUGUCUCAAUGAGUGUUUAUUCAAAUCUCCUCUAGUGCUUAAUCCCAAAGUGCACUUUCUUUUUUAUUUUACUUCUACACUCUUCUCUGUUCCAACCCCGAGGCCUUUAACACGUCCAAACUCUCCUCCUCCUGCAUAAUCUUAUUCAUCACAUCAUAUAACAUAUAGGCCUGUACAUAUACACUGUAGCAUGAUACCAAAUGCAUAAAAAUAAUUAUAAUAGGCAUUUGUUAUUUAUAUAGCGCCAUCUAUCUAGAAAUAAUCUAUUCCGAGGCGCAUUGAUUAUUAUUAUUAUCAUACACAAAGAUGAUGCAUCUCGUGACAUACUGGACAAAGUGCCUUUGACUUUCUCAAUCUUCUCAAUGUUACAGAAAAAAUCAAAGGUCUAAAUUCAUAGCUUUCAUGUUCUUCAAUUGGUAGUAAAUAUAUUUUUUUCUUACUAUUGAAAAGUUUAUAAAUAUGCAAAUUUGCAGUGAUUCUAACUAUACAAAAUGUAAUUUUAAUGAUAUCGAUAUGACUUAUGAUGAAAUUGCUUUCAGCCAAAGCACUGUAAACCACCCGAUUGAAAGUGGACAAAAUUUGGUAGAAGUUUUUGUCUUUACAUAUUUGACAUAUCACGUCUCUGGUACAAUGUUAUUAAACUCAACUGAAAAAAAGUGGAGUGAUGUUUCAAAAGAAACAAAUAUCAUCUGCUGAAAUGAGGGAAAAUCUUUAU